AUGAACCCCAACAACACGAGUUGGAAUAGUACAAAAAGCAAAUCAAGUAGCAAGAGUAGUGAAAACUCUAGAACUACUGAUAAAAAAUCGAUUAAAUCGUUUCAUUUACCUCAAUCAAAUUCGCAAGAUUUUACUUCUGAUCAUGAAAUAUCUGAUCAAAAAUGGUUGGAUGAUUUAGUUCAACUUCGUUAUGUAAAAUUUAUUCCAUUCGAGGAAUUCGAAGAUCCAAAAAUUAUUGAACGUGGAAGUAAUGGUGAUAUUAGUUCUUACAAAAGUUUAAAAUGGAGAAAGAUGAAAAAACGUGUGGUUGUUAAAGAAUUAAAAAAUAUUUUAAAUUUACCCGAAAAUUUAAGGGAAUCUUUUGUUAGAGAGAAUUCACGAAACGUAAUGUUCAUUCAACAAAAAUUGAAAUUAACCGAUUUUGGCAUAACUCAUAGUGUUUUAUUUUGGGAAUUAUCAUGUGGUCGUACUCCUUUUUCUGAUCAUAGAAAUCCCCCUGCUCAAGAUUUAGCCAAUGCUAUCAUAAAAGGUUUAAGAGAAUUACCUACUAAGGAUGUUCCUAUCGAUUAUUUAAAAUUAUAUACUUUAUGUUGGGAUAUGGAUCCUGAAAAAAGACCUGUUAGUGAAACCGUGUUAAUGAUGUGUAAAGAUUUAAUAAAUAAUGGUGAUUCUACUAAAGGUCUGGAAAAAAAUGUUAAUAAUCGUACUACGAAUACACGUAAAGGUUUUGAAGAAGGAACCGGAAGUAAAA